AUGUUCAAAGGUUAUUUAAGCGUUUCCAUUCAGCCUCUUCCUUCUGUUGUCAUUGGAGACACAGUCACACUCAAAUGCAACUUCCAAACAGACGGCAACCUCCGAGAGAUUGUCUGGUUUCGGGUGGUUGAAGGAGGCAGUGCCAAGCAGAAGAUUUUCACCUAUGAUGCUAUGUACAACAGCACCUACUCCCACAUGGAGGACAACCACAGACGAGAGGACCUGGUCUACCAAUCAACUGUGCGGCUUCCUGAGGUCCAGAUGGAGGAUGACGGCUUGUAUGAGUGCCAUGUGGGGAUCUAUGACAAGAGCUCCACAGACAAAGUGAUUCUAGCCUCUGGCAGCAUCACACUCACUGUCAUAGUACCUCCCAAGUCUAUCUCUGUGGUGGCAGCCAACAGCCUGGCUCCUUUCAGCCGCUAUGAGGCCCACAACUUCACUCUGGUUUGCAUUGUUACAGGAGCAAAGCCAGCUCCCAUGGUGUACUUCAAGCGAGAUGGUGAGCUUAUUGAUGUGGUGCCAACUGCCCAGUUGUCCUCAGUGGAAGACCCAAGCAAGGGCCGAGGUCUAGAAAAAAGCUUUGACAGGAGACUAGUGGGGCUAUGGAGCUCCCGGGCUCUCACCAGUGGAGACCUUGAUGACACCAAACUCAAGAAGUCCCAGCUGGAACAAGAGGGGAAGCUUGCUCGGCUGGGCCAAGAUGGCCCAGAUGGCCCCGAAAAAGGCAGAGAACAUGGGUCCAAGUCAGACUCCGAGCCAACCACCGAGGUGAUUCCUGAGACGGUGGUGAGCCGGGAGUUUCCCCGCUGGGUCCAGAGCAGCGAUCCGCUCUACUACUUCCAGCAGCAGCAGCAUGCAGCACGUGACGGCACCAUGGAGGUGAGAGCCAUGCUGACCUGGAGCCUCAACCCCCAGCUGGACAAUGACGCUCUCUUCAGCUGUGAGGUCAACCAUCCAGCUCUGUCCAUGCCCAUGCAGGCCGAGGUCACACUGGCUGCUCCCAGAGGACCCAAGCUGUCCAUGAGCCCCAGUAAGGCCACUGUGGGAGACACAGUGCGGAUCACUGUCCAGGGCUUCCAGCUGGGACCUUCUGCAAGCGAGGUCUUCCCUGAGCCCAUAUUCACCUGGACCAAGGUCGGCGGGCCACUGCUAGAUGGCAGAGAAGAACAUAACGGAAGGGAACUCAUCAUGGAGAGAGUUCCUGCUGAGCUCAAUGGCUCAAUGUUCCGCUGCACGGCCCAGAAUCCUCUUGGGUCCACAGAUACCCACACCCGCCUCAUCGUGUUUGACAACCCAAGACUGAGGAAAAGACAAUUUAUUGUGGUGUUGCCACUGCCCUCACACCUUUCAGCCAAUCACAGGCCCCCUGGCUCCUAA